GACCACCCGUAACAAUACAUAACACUUUCCAACACUUAAAAAACAUCUUGAGAAACUACCAAAAAUAUAGACGAAAUAAGCAGCGCCGGUGUUUUCUUUAAAUUUUUGUAUAAAAAGUUAAAUACACCCAAUAUGUCUUUCAUGAAUCCGGUCGACAUGGUCGACGAGGACGCUGCCGACCUGCAGUUCCCCAAAGUUGAUCCUUUAGGGGAACAGGAGUCACGAUUUGUAGUUGCUCGACAAGAUGAAGGUACCAGGACGGGAUCUGUAUUCUAUAACGCCUACUCGCUGCAUAAAAAGUUGGAAAAAUUGGAAGAGCUAGCAAAAGAUGUAGCCGGAGACACUGUUGUAUCCACUAGCGGAUUUAUUCGCUGUGCCACGUGUAGGUGCAACUUGCGCGAACCAUACAUUAGGUGCUCCGAGUGUCUGGAUAUCCUGUUAUGCCUGCUGUGCUUCUCGCGAGGAAAAGAGACUGCUAUCCAUCGCAACAACCACUCCUACAUUAUAAUUAGGGACAGCAUUCAGGUAUUUGCCGAGGAGCCUCAUUGGACGGCCAAAGAUGAACGCAUCCUACUGCAAACGCUCCGUUCCCACGGCUACGGCAAUUGGGAGGCGGUAUCCAACGCUUUGGAAAAGCGCCAUAAUCCUGCAGAGGUUCGCCGCCACUAUCAUGACUGCUACUUUGGGGGGAUUUUCGAGCGCCUGCUUAAGUUGCAACAUUCCUCGCACUGUUAUUUACCGGAGAGGAUGCCAUAUGUAUACAAAAUGCGCAGCCUGGAUCCUCCACGCCACGAUGACAUCGCCUCCAUGCAAUUUAAAAUGGGUGCCGGAUAUCGAUGUGCACGUGGAGAUUUUGAUACACCUUACGACACCUCUGCAGAGAGCAUACUUUCCAUUAUGUUAAACCAAAAACCUGGCGAUGUAGAUGGAGAAGACCAAGAAAUCGAAGGGGAACAUGAACUUAUGGAAGAACUUCAGCUUGGUCUGGUACGGGCUUACAACAAUCGGCUUAGGGAACGGCAGCGUCGAUAUAGAGUCAUGCGGCAACAUGGACUAAUUCUGCCCAAUCGUACAGUAAGCUGGAUAUCCAAGUACAUGGGCGCAUUUACCAGCGAUUCUAGUUGCAUGCGUUUUUUGGGAUUCAUGCAAAUCUGCGAUCCAAUUCAAUUUGAUAUGCUGGUGGAAUCUCUGCGCUACUACAACGACUUACAAACGCGGCUCUACAAACUGUAUGAUUAUCGACAGCUUGGUGUGCGCACUUUUUCGGGAGCCGCACUGUACUCUCGGCUCCAAAAGCAACGACAGCAGGCUCAGCGAGAUUAUUCCAGACAGAAACAGAACGAAGUCUAUGACUGGCAGCAACUGGUUCAGCAUUAUGAAAGCAACAAAAAUGGAGAGCCGCUACCCCUGGGCAUAAGUUCCAAGAUCUAUACAUUGAACGCGCGCCGUAAGGCUCAACCCAUUGAGAUUGGAGGUAGGAUAACAAGAUUAUUUAUUAAAAAUUUCCUAAUUUUCGAUUUAUUUUUUUUAGAUUUGCCUGGCUAUUCAAAGUUGAACGCUGGAGAGAGAAAACUUUGCAGUGUGGCCCGAUUGGUUCCACAGUCUUACUUGGACUACAAAAGCCAAUUGGUGUCGGAGCAGGCCAAGUUGGGCCAUCUGCGCUUGGCCGAUGCUCGACGGCUUAUAAAAAUCGAUGUGAACAAAACUCGUCAAAUUUACGACUUUCUUUUGGAACAGGGACAUAUUAGCAGGCCACAGUCCUACGGAUAAAUCUUUGUUUUCCUCGAUAUUUCACUUAAUUUGAAAAUGCCGAAACGCUGCUGAUAUCAGAGGUGCAUAUGCUUCUUGACCAUCGGAAACGACAAAACGAGUCCGCCGACGAGGAACAGGAAUUUUCCGAAGUGUUCAUGAAAACGUACGCCUACA